AUGGCGGAGGCUUGGUUUGCUCAAGCCGCCGAGUAUUGGAAACAGGCUAUAACGCUUACUCCUGCAUGCUGUGAUCCUACUCACAUUGGACCUAGUGCUCAGGUGGUUUGGCCAAUAGUGGGCCAAGAAAUCCUGAAUGGAGAUGUGGGCGGAGCUUCGAGGAAACAAAUAACCUCUGGCUUUUUGUCAGCUUUGGCGAGCAUUGGAAUAACGAGUGAACAACUUAAUUGUACCGCAUUGGCGCAAUGUCUUCGCAGCCUUAAUGCUUUUCUGGUUGGUUCCAUUAUCAAAAAGCAGCUCCAAAAUUGGCUUGGUUCCCAAGAUGUAGAAUCUAUGUUGAAUCACCAUUUAGCAGGGCUACUAGGACUUGGGUCCCUUUCGUGGGCAGGACAUCAAGUACAUGUAUCUUUACCGAUUAACCAAUUUCUAAAUGCUGGAGUAGAUCCUAAGAAAUACCACUUCCUCAUGAAUUUUAUCUUGAAUCGGGAUCUUUUGGCUCAACUUUAUCCAAGUUUUGCUGAAGGAGCAACCCCCUUUUUUACCUUGAAUUGGUCAAAAUACUCAGACUUUCUUACUUUUCGUGGUGGAUUAGAUCCAGUGACCGGGGGUCUAUGGUUAACCGAUACAGCACAUCAUCAUUUAGCUAUCGCAAUUCUUUUCCUAAUAGCAGGUCAUAUGUAUAGGACCAACUGGGGUAUUGGUCAUGGUCUAAAGAUAUUUUAG